AGACGAGUUGGCUCAUCGAAUACACACGAUGACAACAGGUUUCUGUCGUUCGUCCUUCUGGGUGAAAACGUCUAUUCUCGUCAGUAGUUUCGGCCUCCAUCUUAUAAGUUUGGGUAUGGUAACAUCGUUCGGUGUUAUGUAUAGUGGAUUACGAGAUCAGCUAAACUCUGGCGCUGCAGAAACCAGCUGGAUAGCUUCCCUUAGCUCAGGACUGUUUCUCAUGUUUGGACCUGUUGCUGGUAUACUGGAGAAAAGGUUUGGCUGCCGUUUGGUAGCUAUGACGGGGUCGGCCCUAAUAGGUGUGGGAAUGCUAGCCAGUGCCUUUGUUCCCACCCUUUUCUGGCUUUAUCUCACCUAUGGAGUGAUCACAGGAGUUGGGUUUGGUAUGGCACAUUUAGUGGCAAACGUUAUAGUGAAUCUGAAAUUUAACAAACGUCGUUCGAUGGCGAUAGCAGUAGCUUCUGCCGGAGGUGGGUGUGGCAAUAUCGUGAUACCCUGGCUCACGACCAUAUGGCUAGAAGUCUAUGGAUGGCGACAGACAUUCCUCCUGUUGGCUGGUAUUGGAUUACAAGGAAUCGUUUUCGGUGCCAUCAUAUUUAAGGUCAGCACAAGUAAUGAUUCCGGUGGAAGCCAUCGAACUGAUCACAGUUCAGAUGGCCCGUCAAUCAGAGCGGAAGUAUCGACAAUAUUGAAGACAAAAAUGUUCCUGGUAUUCUCCGUAUCCGGCUUCUGUACAGCCAUGGCUUACUUUGUUCCUUAUGUCAUGAUUCCUGAGCUGGCGAAGGUAAAGGGCGUGUCGACAACAGAUGUAGCGCUGGUAUUUUCUGUAUCCGGAGUUUCCAGUAUUGUUGGUAGAAUUCUAGUCGGGUUUAUCAUCGACGUCUUACACAUCGAUAGAAUAUGGACGCUCUCUAUCGCCCUGAUGACUGGCGGGAUCUCCACCAUUGGCUAUGCAUUCGUAUAUAACAAGUGGCUUUUCAUCGCAUAUGGUGCCAUACUAGGAAUAUUUACAGGAACAUUUGGUUUUCUCCAGUCCGUUAUUGUUGUCGAUCUUCUCGGGACAGAAUUAUUAGGAAUCGGAUUCGGAUUCUUGACACUAUUCCACGGGAUAGCUGUCAUCAUUGGUCCGCCCCUUGCUGGUUGGAUAUCAGACGUUACAAACGACUACACAGUGCCUUUUAUCUACGCAGGCUGUUUAUUUUGUCUCGCGUCAUUCCUAGCGUGUGUAAUUAAGAUACGAGACUACUGUAAUUUUUCAAAAUGCGAUGAUCAUGUAUCGUCACGCUUCGACGAUAUCCCUGUUAAUAAUGGAAGUUAUACUAACAGUAACUUUGUAUUUGAUACAAAACUAUAGCAGUGGGUCCGAGGCGGUAAUUCUAAUGUAUAUAUAUGAUUCAUUUAUUCGUUUUAUAAGAAUUAUUUUGCAACCAUUGGAUUAAAAAAAUCGACUAUUUGAUAUUAAAACACAGAAUAUUGGCCUAUUAAAAGAACUGCCUUCAGAAUUCAUCAUACGAUCGGAUCACACCCAAAAAGGAAAAUUAUACACGGAAACUGCCUAAAAAACAACGAGAAGAAUAAGGACAGAAAGAUCAACGUCUUGUGCUUCAUCAUCGGUACCCUGUGUGUAAAUCUAGGUCAAUCUAUGUAAGAUUUGUCGCGUUCUCAUCUGACAACAAGGUUAGCAAUAAUGGAACCACAAAGCAUACUAACGAGUAUCGACCAUAUUAAAUCUCAUGCCUUCAAGUAAAACAGAAUAAUGAUGUGCUAAUAAGAUCAAGGAUGCUAUACUAUCAAGGAUUUAUGUAAAAGAGUCUUAAUUCUUAAUUUAUGACGAGCAUAUCCGAUUGUCAGAGAAAACAUACAUUAUGUUAUUUGUAAUCCAGGAGAGGGCAGAGUAAACAUAUAUUUGAAGGUCUUACAAACCCAUCACAAGAGAAGAAAACCGGAACGUUUGUAUUUAUUAAAAAAUUGGUCUUUCAGCAACCCCAGCUAAUACAAAUUUCGCUAACCAUGACUUAAUGAUAAAUAUAUUGGUAGC